AUGCCACCAGCUGUCUCUAUAAGAAGCUUCAAGUCCCCCCAAGUCUUGAACAUUUCUCGUACCAUUCUCGCGCGGAACAAGCCGCACCAGUCAAACGCUGCCAAAAAAGCGUGCAAGACGCCGCAGUGGAGACCACCCAUCCAAUUCGUAGGUCGACAGCAGCAGAGAGAGACAGAGAGAGAGAGCUCCAAAAAAUCUCAUGACAAGCCCAUCCCGAUUCCCCCGUGCUCCGGAACCCGCGUAGAGCAACGACGACGAACCGAUCGUCUACCGCCACGAACACCUCGACCCCCCCCUCCUCUUCCACCCGUCCCGUCCCCGUCGUAUAUCACAGUCGAAACGAAAAACCCGUUGCAGCGACCGGACAAAACGACAAGGACAAUGGCAUCCAGAACAGGCGGUCCCCGGAGCGCCUCUGACGCCACGCGCUUCACCUCGACCACCCCGCACGCCGCCUCCAAGAACACUCCCACAUCGACGACGGCGGCAUCGGCGGCGACACCACAGGCCCCUAGGUUCCCCAGCCGGCAACCGGGCGAGUCCCCCGAGGAGCGCGUCCGCCGCCUUCGCGCCGCCCACGAGGCCGCCCGCGCGGCGCAGACCUCGAGCGUCGACCGCGUCAUCGGCGGCAGCCGUCGCCUCUUUGACUUUGCGCACAAGUUCACAGUCCUCGGCCUCGUCAGCUUCACGGCCAUCGCAGGCCUUGUAUCCGUCUACUCCGUCUACGACAUGGUGACCUACAACAAGCAGCGUCGUAACGACUUCAUCGAGGCCCAGCGCAAGAUGGAGGAGGACUCUCUCGCCUCGGCCCGCAUCGCCUUCAUCAACGGCACCGCCACCGACGCCCAGGUCACCCUCGUCGAGGAGGCCAACACCCUCGCCCGCGAGACCGGCGUCAAGCUGCCGCCCCUGCUGUCCGCGCCCACCGUCACGACCCAGGCCGAGAAGAUAUUUGGAAAGGGCGGCGGCCAGCAACAGCAGCAGCAUCAGCAGCAUGAGAACGCCUUCUCCGCCGAAUCAUCACCGGACCCUGCCGCCACCGCCGCGCCUCCCGCACAGAAGAAGAGCAGCUGGUGGCCCUUUGGCGGUUCCUCUUCGGCCGCGCCCCAGAGCCUCGAUGAGAGGAAAGAGCUGCUCCAGGACAAGGCCAAGGCGGCCUUUGAGCGCGAACGGGAGAACCAACGGCGGGGCGGCGAUCUCGAUCAGCUCGGCCUGCCGCAGGAGGAGAAGAAGGCCGAGAAGAAGGGGUGGUGGUAA